AUGGGCUCUGUUUACCGGGAUCGUUAUGACGACUCCCGCACAUCAGUUUCCUCGGCUCGUCGUGAUGGCGGAUACACGACUGUGAAACGGUAUAUAGUCAAGGAAGAUGACCGUGACAGCCGCUCGUCGGUGGGCCGCGCUCGGACGUUUGUCCCGGAACGAGCAGGAGAAAGAGUCGAAGAAACACGCAUUGUUCGUCGUGAGAUUGAUGAACCUGCCCGUGAAAUCCGCCGAGAGGAACCAGCCCGCAUACAGGAGCGUGAACUGGUCAUCAGGCGCGAGCGAGAUGAGUCUCCUCCUCGAGCUAGAUCCGUCGUCUACGAUGCUAGACGAGAGGAACCAGUGCAGGAAAGAGAACUCAUCAUCAGACGUACUGCUGAACGGGACGAGCCACGUCGAGACGACUUUGAAGUCGCCCGUUAUGACGAGCGGAAAGUCGUCGACACCCGAUAUCGGGAUGAUUACGAGAUGCUUUCUCCUCGUGGCUAUGACGACCGGGAUGUUCAGCGGUACAGUCGCACAACAGACUACUUUGCUCCAGCACCUCCUCCGCAGACCAUCAUCAUCCGGCAGGAGCCAAUAAUUAUCCGAGAGCGAGUGCGCGACGAUGACUAUCAGAUCGUUCGCAAGUCAGACAUUGACGACGAGCGAAGCAUGGUCCGCAGCAGAGAUCCACCACCGCGGUCGCCUCGCGGAGAGGAAGACUUCUUCUACGAGAAGAAAGUCAGGGAACGCGUUGACCAUCGACGAGACGAUGAUGACUACUACGAACGACGCAGCAGACGUCGCUCGGUGAGCCCUCACGAUUCCGUCUCUCAAAGGGGACGUGAUUAUAGCAGCGACGAUAGCAUGGUGUAUGUCCGCAAAGAGGUCCGCGAGGAAAGCGCCAGCCCCGAUCGCAAGAGGGGCCUUGCUGCUGGUGUUCUCGCCGGAGUCGGCGCAGCAGAGCUCCUCCGGAACCAUAAAAGAAAAGAAGGCCAAGACGUCUCGCAUGGCGUCGGUCGUGUCGGGCGUGACCUUGGGGCGGGCGCCCUCGGAGCCCUCGCCGCCGAGGGCAUCCAUCGGGCAAGGUCUAUGCACCGCAGUCGAAGCCGCCGCCGCCACUCGAGAUCUCGCUCUGAUUCGCGUUCUCGCCGCCACCGGAGCAGGUCUCGGUCCGAGUCGCCGUCCAAGUUGAAGACUCUUGGCGCCGUGGGCCUUGGUGCUGCUGCACUAGCCGCUGCCGCGACCAUUGCAACGAAGCGCAUGAACAAGAAGAACGGCGACGAUGAUGACAGGCGUGGUCGCUCUCACAGCCGUUCUCGAUCCCGACGUAGGGCUGAAUCAGUUUCAAGCAUUGAGAAUGACCCAGAUGCUCCUUCGGAUGAUGCGCGCAACCCGAAACAUCGCAGGAACACCAUUGCAAAGGCCGGUGCUGGUGGCGCCGUGGUCGCAGCGCUGAUAGAGCACGCAAGAAGCAAGUCACGAGCCAGAGACGGAAAGGAGCGUUCUCGGAGUCGAAUCAGGCAGGCUCUACCUGUCAUCGCGGCUGGCCUUGGCAGUGCUGCGGUCGCUGGAGUAUAUGAAAAACACAAAGCCAAGAAGGAAGCUGAGGAAAUUGUGGACAAAAACCGCCGUGCCCGCUCAAGGUCGAGAAGCAGAGCCAGGUCCGAGCACUCUGCUUACUAUGACGGACCGCCCCCACCUCAAAAUGACCAAAGUUUGGUUGAAUAUGGAAAUACACCCAUGUACGGCAACAAUUUCGGUGCAGACUAUUAUGGUAGACCCCCACCGCAAGAAGGCUAUUACUCCAGCGCAGUCGUUCCUGCUGCUGCAGGUGCUGCAGCAGGCUAUGGUGCUCAACGGGGAACGAGAAGCAGGAGCCGUAGUUUGAGCCGGGAUCGUGGUGGGAGGAGGGACCGUAGCUCCAGCUCGUCUCCAGAUCGUGGUGGACGGAGACAUUCGAGAGACGCAGCUAGGGUGACAGCGGCCGCCGCAGCCGGUGCUGCUGGAGCUAGUGAAGCCGAGAGAAGAAGACAAGAGAGGCGGGAGCGCAGAGCACGAAGACGUCAACACGAAGAAGGAUAUGGCCGUGAUCCAUACGAGGACAACAAUUACGCUCCAGGCGGUCAAUAUGCUCCAACACCACCGCCUCCGGCUCACGACCCUUACGCCACCCAGCAGGGAUUCUAUCCGCAAUCUAGCCAGUUCCCACCACCACCCGGCUCUAUCCCACAGCAAUAUCCACCACAAGCUGGGCCCGGCAUGGCACCCCCUCCACCCGGGUCCGCGCCGUACGGUCAACAAGGCUACCCACCUCCUCCCCCUCCGCCAGGUGCUCCGCCCGCGCCGGCUCAACCCUACGACGCCUAUGCUUCUGGUGCCAACCCUUACGCACCACGCGGUCCUGAAAAUGUGAGUGCUGAGCCGAGUCCUGUAUUUGGCAAUCCUUUUGCACCUACCACUCCCAUGAAUGACCAGAACCAUAUCCCAGAUGGUCUAAACCGAGCAGCUCCUGGUCCUUUCCCUGCCGCUCGGCCACCAUUCGCCAGUACCCAACCAUCUUCCAACCCUGCGCCACCCAUUCCUCCUUCAACUUCUACCUAUGAACCACCUAUUCCUGGACCGUCUCCUGCGGCCAACCUGGCCCGUCAGGAGACGUAUCCUCCACCCUUUACUCGGGGCGUCUCUCCUCCGCGUUCCCAAUCUCAACCACCCUCGACAUCCCGAAAGAGUGUCCAAUUCGCCGACAAACCCGAGUUCUCCGAUGGUGCCCCACUCGAGUCGGAGCCAUCAAGUCCUGAGCUCCGCCACCGUCGACCUAAGCAUUCACAUGCCCGCGGUUAUGAAGCAGGAGAUGACACCGACUCAACUCCAGACGAGAUGCGGCGAGGGAAUCGAGAGUCGUCAUCUCGAUCGCUGCAUCCUGAUUCCGCCGAGACAGAAAGGCGCAGACAUAGACGCCGACGCUCGCACGAGCCUCAGUCGUCCCGUGGUGGGCCGAGUUCCAGCUCCAAAGGUCCAGAACUUGAACGUGUAGCAAGUCCCGCCGACUCGGACGCAACCAUCGAGCUGCCGCCUAGGUUCGACGAGAAAGGUCGCAGAAAGACCAGCCCAGGUGACGAUCCGCUGGCAGAUCGGCUAGACGAAAUCCUUGCCGGAAAAGGUGCCGCGGGCAAGCUAUUUGGGAAUUUCCUGGAUGGGAUCUUCGGGCCAGAAGGGAGAAAGAGCAAGGGGAGAUAG